AAAAACCAAGUGACGUCACGAUGUAAACAACAUGGCCGAUUUUUGACAUUUCAUGAUCGUUUCCGAGAAUUCACAUUACACAUUAGGGCCUACCGGCUAUUAGCCAAUGUUGCCACGCGCAAGGUCCGAAUAAGUCCCUAGGAAAUUGAUUCAGUCAGCCAUUAGUUGUUGUUGAAAAACUGAACCAUGACGGAGGUCCACAGUUUGACCUUAGAUGACCUUGAGGCAGCAACCUCCACAAAAUGUGAGUUAGAGUGCAUGCGCCACCUACACAGGAAGUUAAGUGUGUUUUCCGAGGACGCACACAUCUACCAAACAGAUGAAGAGUUUUUGGAGGACCAGUUCUUAUCAACAACAGCCGAUGAUGAAAAUCCGUUUCCCUUGAAAAACAUCCACACCCUGUGCCCAACUCAAGAAGAACUAAAUCGUUUCACGCAUUACCUGUUCGAGAGGCGAUAUGGUUGGUCGGAAGGUCUUCAAGCCGAUGGGAAGAAGCCGCGGAUACGUCGUCUCGGCUCGGUGGUGACAUCUUUGGGUGAUGAGAAGACUUAUAAGAGUUCCAUAAAUGAAGUGUUGGACGACUUCAUAAGAUGGUACAAGCACCAGCCCAUUUCCUCUGGGAUGGUUGAAUGCCUGAAGUGUAGCAUCUCAGAAGCGGUUGACAAACCAGUGGUCAGGAAUCAGACCUAUGUCCACAUCAUGGAAUGGCUUCGGACCAGAUUACAAGACCUUGAUACCGAAGAAAACUUUGGCCUGGUCAAGAAUCUCAUAAUCAGUGGUUUGACAGACGUCUGGUCAAAAAUCCGGAAUUCCUGCGCAAGCCGGUUGAGUCCAGUUGUAGAAAGAUUACCUGUGAUGGCAUUAGAAAGUUUUUUCACGGAACUCGUCCAGUUGUGUUUGAAACCAGACGCGAGUUGGCAGGCAAAAGAAGGAGCUAUGAUGGGUGUGAAUGUGAUUAUGAAGCGGUUCCACUGGACUGGAAUGGAGGAGAGUUGGGUACCAAAGUCUCCAAAACCAGAGUAUAUGCUCAAGUUUGGCCAACAAGAGCUAAAGAAUAUCCCAGAAUUCAUCAGUGACAACAUCAAGGGUCUAAUCUACCCAAUGUUGGCACAUCCCCAACUGACCAUCCGAGAAAAUGCCAUCAAGACGUUCUCCUCCUACAUGUUGAGAUGUGACGCGAAGGAGACUCUCUGUGCAUUACACGACGCUGUCGUUGAAUUGUGUAAGAACACGACGCAGCAGGAGAGUGGUAAUGGAUGUGAUAAAGCUACAUGUAUGACACUGCCCCACCUUGCCGUCCUGAGGAAAGACUUCACGUUCAUGGAUGCCUACAAUGCGGAGGGUUUACUUGGAAUCUGCCUGUUUCUGGUGAAGCACAUCCCUGCCACACAGCUAUUACCAAACUGGGACCAAUACUUCUCAACCUUCAGUCUCUACCUCAUGCAUCCAGCCUCAACAGUCAGACAGGCCACAAGUAAUGUUUUCAAAUUUCUAGUUGCUAAAGACAGUAGCCAUCCAGUCAUCCUGAAGUACAUCUUACACGACCUGUCAGUUGGAUGGGAUGCUGACCUCAACAUGAUGACACAGCCCAUCGGACUAGAUACUGGGCAUAUUCGCCGACGGUCAUUGGAUGUCAGGGGGCUUGGGAAAGUACAAGUCACAAGUGAAAGGGAAAACCUCCCAGCUGAUGCGUGGGAAUGGCGCGAAGGCAGGUUAUUCGCCUACGAGCUCAUCCUAAAGUUCCUCAUCAAGAACCACUGGCUGUACACGUUUGGCCCGAGCAGCUCCGGUAUCCAUGGGACACCGCGGCUGUCUGGUUCAAUGGAUGAAGGCACGUUGUCCAGAUUCCUUCGACCUCUGAAAAAAGUCAAACCAGUCAACUGUUCAAAAUCUUGUCAUUUAGACCUGGAGCUAAGGGACCGACCACAUACCCCAGUGAGGAGGACACCAAGUGGAGGCCUGGAACGACCACACACCCCAGUCAGGUGGACACCAAGUGGAGGCAUGAGGGGCCAUGCUGCGAUUGGCAAGCCGAUAACUGAAGAAGACCACCGCCGCCCUGGACUGGACGCACAACGACACGUGUCUGUGUGUACGUCUACACCGACUGAGGAGAUACCCAUCAAUGUCAUGAAUACCCCAAACAGGCUCAGGUUUCCUUUGAUAAAGGUUCACAGAGAGCCUGAUCUCCCCACUGAAGAAAGAGAGCAACGACGAUCCUCAGAAGAGCAGGAAUCGGUGGCCUACCUGGCUGUUAGACAAAAAAUCCACACUGAGGCCCACAUCACCUGUAGACCAAUAGCAUCUCCACGUACGAUGAGGAAGCAUUUCUCAUUCUACGAGAGUCGCAGUGAAUCUCCUGCAUUGGACCAUCAGCCUCACCAUCAUGCCACAAAAUCUCUGUCACUGUUAUCGCAAGUGAAACACUUAGACCAACACAAAGUCCGCCUUUUUGAUGUGAAGGAAAAUGGUCAAGGUGACCCAAUUCAUAGGUCACACAUUCCACCGCUGACAGACAUUCUACAGCGGAUGUUACUGCAGACAAUAGAGGCCACUGCUGAUCCUCGUUGGGAAGUCAGGAGGAUGGGACAACAGGUCCUUCCAUUCCUAACUGAGGUCAUCCGUUGGUACAACAUGCAGCAUUUACUCGACCUCUGGAACAGUCACCUGAAGCAGACGACGUCCGUCAUGACGUAUGGUGCAUGUAUGGCGCUGAGGCAGACGGUAGCUCAUGCUGGAAGACUGAUACCAUUGUUGAAUGACCCUCCAAUCACAUGGCAGGAUGUUGAAAUGUGCUGUGACACAGUGAAGACAAUCACGGAUCCUAUAUACAGCCACAUCGCCCGGUGGUGCCAUUCAGUCAGCAGUCUUCUCUCCCGUCCAGUCCUUGACCGUUUGUCGCUUGUUGCUGUCCAUACACUAAUUGUGUCCCACACUCAUUUGUCAUUCCCUCCAGAGCAGAAAAGACAACAAGAAGAGUCAAUUACCACUUUUAUCAAGACCGUUUUCAUCCAUGCCCAUCGGGAUGUGCGGUUAUCUAAAGAUCUUUCAAAGGGAAUGAAGCUGAAGCCAUUCUCCACACCCUUGGAGGGAUUCCUGAGUUGCAAUGUGAAGGAAGGCAGCCAGGAUGGCUUUGCUAAACAGUUAGAGAAGCAGCUCCUGAAGACAGUGAUUUGUGGCGGACACACAUCAGACUUCAUCAAAACCUGUGAUAUCUAUAAUAUUGUGGACAUCCUGCCAAUCUUGCUGUUUUAUAUUGAAUCCAGCGCAGAGGAUGUGGACGAAUCAAAAGUUUUCAUAGAGUGGAAGACAGUGAUUUGUGGCGGACACACAUCAGACUUCAUCAAAACCUGUGAUAUCUAUAAUAUUGUGGACAUCCUGCCAAUCUUGCUGUUUUAUAUUGAAUCCAGCGCAGAGGAUGUGGACGAAUCAAAAGUUUUCAUAGAGUGUGUUGGUGCCAUGGCGAUGAAGACAGGUGAAUGUCUCCUCCAAGGGGGUCAAGAUGAGAAGCGGCGACAUGUGGUGAAGAUUGGUGCUCUGACGCUCGGGUAUCUCUCCCAUAUGAUUACCGUCAAAGACAUCGAUGUCGCAAUGCUGAGGCAACUAUUGGACAUCUAUCUCGUGUUCACGACACAGUUGUGGGACAGCAAGCAGCUGUUGUCCAUAUUCCAAGCCAUAGCCACGAGGACCAACAGUCUGGUGAACCCAAAGCUGUCUUCGAGUCACCCAACAGAUGAAGACCUGGUCCUGAUGUCGAACGACAUCCCCCAAACCUUUCCCCAGAACGAUGACGAUUCCGACUCCUCCUCAGACGAAGACAAUGCAGCAGAACAUGUGCCGGACCCCCUGCUCCAGGAAUGUGGUGCCCUGAACAGCAGUGGGAACAGUGACCGAGGUGGGCGCCUCAGUGCCAUGAGUGGGUCUGUUGAUAUGAUGGACGGGCGAGUUCCUUCGCCAGUGUCGCCAGCAGAUGAUGGGUCAGACUGGGAUGACUGGAGUGACGAGGAGGAGGAUCAGUCUGCGUUGUCGGAUGUUUUCGGCAGCUUCCUCAAUCGGCUGAAGACGUGCUACCUCGCUUCGGGGAAAAGUCGAGAUUUUCAGCAGGAAUUCCUCAAGCUGCCGGAUAGAGAUAAGAAAUUACUGAAAGGACUUUGUGACCAGAAGUAAAAAAACUUGCCUCAGAGAGAAAUCAAAUCCGUCCAAGGAAUUGUGUUUGAAAAGUUUCCCUCCAUGUUCUUUUCAUUUGAUAUUUUUAUGUGGAAUCUCAAUGUAAUGUAGAUGUAUGUUGUCGAUUCACCAACUGUAAUCAUGCAGAGAAAACACGUUAUAGAUGAUGUGCGAUGCAACCAUAAGGCUGGGGUUACAUAGAGCUACUAUUGAUACUUCAUACAUGUAUACGCAAUGUGUGUUGAUUGGAAUGUACAAUCUCAGGUUCUAGUCUAGUGCCAUAUAUCUAGGUUUUCCAUUCUCAUCCAUCACUGUACACCAUGUGGCCUGUAUUGUUACACCAUCUGAUAUCUAAUCACAUCUUGUAAAAUGUCACCAUACAGCCUCAUCACAUGAGAUGAUAUAUGGUAUACGUGUUUGCACUUGAUCAAAUAAACUGUUGUUGGAUGCCUUUAAAGGCUUUAAGACUUGAUCGUUGAUACUUGGUUUUGUCAAGUACAAAAGCUUUGCCUUUACUGCAUUCAGAGCUACACUGAAUAUUUCUUUGUGAAAUGCAAGUAAGUUUUAGUUUUGUAGAUAUCUAAUCAGUCUAUGUCUGUAAGUUGUAAGUACAAAUGAUAUUUAUCAUUUCUGUGAUAGGAAGAUAGAA